AUGUCUUCCCUUCCAAACGACAUCAACGGUGCUCUUUUAGAGCUUUUGGCUGGUCUAUCAUCCUCUGACAACAAUGUUCGUUCACAAGCUGAAAGUACAUUAUACUCAUCAUGGACUGUUGCUGAACGUGUUGAUGUUUUAUUGAUGUUUUUAGCUGAACAAGCCACUGGUGGUGCAACAGAUGAAGCUAAACAAUUCUCAGCUGUUUUGUUUAGACGUCUUGCAAUCAGAUCUCCACAAAAUUUGAAAAGUGUCACAGAAAGAACAAUUUCUAACAUCAAUCAGCAUGCUUUGACUCAAAUCCGUGCUCUAUUCUUGAAAGGUUUCAUCUCUCAACAACCAAAUAACAUUAGACAUAAAUUGGCAGAUGUUAUUGCUGAACUAGCCAAAGAUGAUCUUCCAGCAUGGAAUGAACUACUUCCAACUCUUUUAGAAGCUGCCAAGAACCCAGAUGCAAGCUUUAGAGAGUCAGCUUUCAGAAUUUUUGCUGCUACUCCAGCUUUGGUUGACAAAAGUUAUGUGAACGAAAUUUUACCAAUCUACCAUUCAGGUUUCGAUGAUGUGGAUGAUGAUGUUCGUAUCGCAGCUUGUACUGCAUUCGUUGCAUUUUUCCAAAACUUACCAAAGAAAUCAUGGCCAUCAGUUGAAUCAUUAUUACCAAAUUUAUUAAACAGUUUACCAAGAUUAUUACAAAACAAUAAAGAUAUUGCAUUAGCUGCCGUCUUGGAAUCACUAAUUGAGUUGGUUGAAUUGGCACCAAAAAUGUUUAGAAAUAUGUUUGAAACAAUUAUUCAGUUUUGUUCAGCAGUUUCUAAAAACAAAGAUUUGGAUUCAAGUGCAAGAUUAGCUGCUUUGGAAUUAUUAACAACAUUCUCAGAAUCGAGUCCAAAUAUGUGCAAACGUCAACCUCAAUAUACCCAAGCUAUUGUCGUUAUAACGUUAAGUGUCAUGACUGAAGUUUGUGUUGAUGAUGACGAUGCAGCUGAAUGGAAUAACGCGGACAACACUGAAGAUGAUGAAGAAGAACCUGAAUAUGAUUCUGCUCGUCAAGCUUUAGAUCGUGUUUCUUUAAGAUUAGGUGGUGAAUGUUUAGCCUCGCCAUUAUUCCAAAUGAUUCCACCAAUGUUGAACUCUGCUGAUUGGAGAGAACGUCAAGCUGCUUUGAUGGCUUUAUCAUCCGCUGCUGAAGGUUGUAGAGAUGUUUUGAUUGGUGAAAUCCCAAGAAUUUUGGAUAUGAUUUUACCAGCUUUGAAUGAUCAACAUCCAAGAGUUCAAUAUGCUACUUGUAAUGCUUUGGGUCAAAUUUCAACAGAUUUUGCUGAUCUUAUUCAAAAAACUGCUGGUGACCGUAUUGUUCCAGCUUUGGUUUCCAAGUUGACCAACCAAUCAGUUCCAAGAGUUCAAGCUCAUGCUGCUGCUGCCUUAGUUAACUUUUCUGAAAAUGCCACUAAAGAAACUUUAGAACCAUAUUUGGAUGAUUUAUUGACCAAUUUGUUAACUUUGUUGCAAAGUCCAAAACGUUAUGUUCAAGAACAAGUUUUAACAACGAUUGCUAUUGUUGCAGAUGCUGCUGAAAAGAAAUUUGUCAAAUAUUAUGAUACUUUAAUGCCUUUAUUGAUUAAUGUUUUGACAACUGAUAUGGGUGAUGAAAAUAGAUUGUUGAAAGCCAAAUGUAUUGAAUGUUCUACUUUAAUUGCUUCAGCUGUUGGUAAAGAAAAAUUUGCACCACACUCAAAUGAUUUGAUCCAAUUAUUUGGUAUGAUUCAACAAUCAUCAUUACAAGAAGAUGAUCCAGUCAAGCCAUACUUAGAACAAGGUUGGGGUAGAAUUGCUAGAAUCAUUGGAAAGGAUUUCUUGCCAUACUUACCAAGUGUUUUACCACCAUUGAUCGAAGCUGCUAAAGCUCAACAAGACAUUAACUUGUUGGAAGAAGAUGAAGCUGAAGAAUUCAACCAAGAUGAAGAUUGGGAUGUUAUUCAAUUAUCUGGUAGACAUAUUGCUGUUCAUACUGCUUUGUUGGAUGAUAAAGCUGCUGCUAUUGACCUUAUUGCAGGUUAUGCUGAUAUUUUGAAAGGUGAUUUCUAUCAAUACACUAGGGAAAUUGUUAUCGAUAUUGUUUUACCAGCCAUUGAUUUCUAUUUACAUGAUGAUGUUAGAAGAGCUGCUGCAAGUUCCUUACCUUCAUUAUUAAUAACUAGUAAAUUUGCUACAGGUGAAAAAUCUACACAAACUUUGGAACUAUGGCAAUUGAUUAGUGAUAAAUUGAUCAAAGCUAUUGGUACUGAACCAGUUCAAGACCUAUUAUUCAUCUACUAUGGUGCUUUUUCAGACUGUAUCCAAGUCAUUGGUGAUGAUGCUUUAUCCCCAACUCAAUUAGCAAGUUUCACAAAGAAUGUCAAUGAAGGGUUGAAAGAAAUGUAUGAACGUAUCAAAGAACAUGAAAGUCAAGAUGACGAAUACAACGAAGAAAUUGAUGAGGAAGAUAGAGAUUAUUCAGAUGAAGAAUUAAGUGAUGAAAUCAACAAAGUUUUGUCAAUCGUUUUCAAAUCAUCCAAGACUGCCUUUUUACAACCAUUCCAAACUUUGGUUCCAACUAUUGCUGCAUACAUUAAUGAUAGUAAUGUUACUGCUAAGCUUUUUGGUCUAUGUGUUGCUGCUGAUUUGAUUGAAUACACUGGUGAACACUCUCAAGUUUUCCAAGAUUUGUUUUUAAAUCAAGUUGGUGAAUCAUUGUUGAAUCCAAACAGUUCUGUUCGUCAAGCUGCCGCAUAUGCUGUUGGUGUUGCAGCUCAACAUGCUACCUCAACUUACCAUGACUUUAUCUUGGCUUCAUUAGAGCCAUUAUUCAAAUCCACUCAAUUUUCUGAUGCUAGAUCUGAAGAUAACAUUAAUGCAACUGAAAACGCAUCUGUUGCUAUUGCUAAGAUCCUACAUUCAGCUGGAACAUCAUUGCCAAAUUUCGAUGCUUUUGUUGAUAGCUGGAUCAAAACUUUACCAGUUGUUCAAGAUAAUGAAGCAGCCCCAUAUGCUUAUAGAUUUUUGUCACAAUUGAUUGAAUCUGGUCAUGGUGCUAUUCAAUCUCAAAUUCCACAUAUUGUCGAUUCAGUUAUACAAGCAUUGAUCUACAACUCAAUCGGUGGUAAGACUGCUGAAACAGUUGUCGCAUCUACCAAAAAAUUAUUAGGUUCUAUACCUCAAGAUGAUGCUAUGAGCUUAUUGCAAAGAUAUCCUGUUGAUGCUCAACAAGUGAUUCAAAAAUGGUUUGCUUAA